AUGGAAGUUCUUCAGUCCUUCAAUGUGGGCACGAAGGUGGAUUGGUGCUUUAGGGAGGAUGAUGCAGAGCAACUAGAGGAAGUGACAUUUAGGAGAUUGUUCUGGGCUUUUAAGCAAUGCAUUGAUGGCUUCGAGUAUUGCAGACCCGUCAUACUGAUAGACGGGACUCAUUUGUAUGGACCAUAUCCGGGUGUUCUUCUGAGUGCAACAGCUGUAGAUGGGUUUAGUCACAUUCUACCAUUGGCGUUUGCUAUAGUGGAGUCGGAGAACAACUCUAGCUGGGAUUGGUUCAUGGAUAGGUUGAGGAGCUUGGUGGUUGGUCGGAGGCACGGGAUAUGUGUCAUUUCUGAUAAACAUUUAGGGAUCAUGGCAGCUAUGCAGAAGGAGGGAUGGUGUGAGCAAGGAUGGACUUCAUCGAGAGACAGUUGA